CACUAACCGGCAGAGAGUUGGGAGCACAUCACCGAGGAGGUGAGCGGAGCACUCUGAGACUGACUGAAUGACUGAAUAACCGAGGUCAAGGAGCCAGGGUCGGCUGGAAAUCCUGGAUGGGGUGUUUCAGACUGAGAGACAGUUUAUUGCUCCGUGUUGUUGCUGAGAGAAGAGCGCACCUGACCGCGAGCAUCUCUCCUGGGAGAGGCUUGACCAUGUUCACUGGAGCGAGAUCAUGACUUUACUCAACGACUCAGACGAGACUUCCUCUCCCUCCUUCCCUCUCUUCCCCCUCGAGAACAAUUUCUCCUCCUUUGUCAGCCAUGACCCGUCGUACUCCCUCGUAUCUUUACCCAACUCCUCGACGUCCUUGCUGACAUCCUCCAACUGCACCACUUCCCCAUCGCCCUCAUCUCCACCGUACAACUUCUACGCGGUGCUGCUAGUCCUCCUGAUCUUCUGCGUGGUGUUCGGCAACGUGCUGGUGUGCGUGGCCGUGUCUCGAGAGCGGGCUCUUCAGACCACCACCAACUACCUCAUCGUCUCCCUGGCCGUGUCCGACCUGCUGCUGGCCACUCUGGUCAUGCCCUGGGGAGUCUACCUGGAGGUGGUGGGUGAGUGGCGCUUCAGUCUCAUCCACUGUGACAUCCUACUCACCUUGGACGUCAUGAUGUGCACCGCCAGUAUCCUCAACCUCUGCGCCAUCAGCAUCGACAGGUACACAGCGGUGGCCAUGCCGCUGCUCUACAACACCAGAUACAGCUCCAGGAGGAGGGUGGCAGUGAUGAUUGCUGUGGUGUGGUUCCUUUCUUUUGCCAUCUCCUGCCCUUUACUGUUUGGACUGAACAAUACUGCGAACCGUGAAGGCACCACGUGCAGCUUUGCAGACCCGGCCUUUGUGGUGUACUCGUCUGUGGCCUCCUUCUACGUUCCCUUCAUCGUAACGUUGCUGGUGUAUGCGCAGAUCUGCCUGGUGCUGCGCAAGCGAGGCAGACGCACCGCCCCACCGCGCAGACACGGCCUGCUCACACAGGUUGGGGCCGAGGCAGGAGAAGGUCAUCGACACCGGAAGAAUAAAUGUACACAACCAGAGGAUGUAAAGUUGUGCACUCUGAUCCUGAGACCUGCCACUGCGGCCCCGCAACGCAAGAAAGUGACCCUGGUGAAGGAGGCGGUGGUUCACCCCCUUGAAGUGGAGCCUGGUCAGUUCCUGCCGCAGACUGAACAGAGUCUGCCUCCUCCCCCUCCCCCUCCUCCUGCUCCUCCUGCUCCUCCUGCUCCACAGCCCUCCUCCCUCUCAGGACGAGCCCGCAUCUCCCUGUCCAUUUCUGUCGGGCCCGCCCCAGUCCUUCCUUCAACUGUGACGCGGUCGGCCUUGACACCCCGUCCGCCCACUCUCGAGGAUGGCAUGAGGGGCCGUGAGGGAUGGAGGGAGCGCAGCGGGGGCAGAGAGAAAUGGGGCGUGACCAAGGAGAGGGUGAGAGGGAGGCUGUCACAGCAGAAGGAGCGGAAGGCCACGCAGAUGCUCGCUAUUGUGCUGGGUGUGUUCAUAAUCUGCUGGCUGCCUUUCUUCCUGACCCACGUCCUGAAGGCCCACUGCAGGAGCUGCUGCAUCUCGCCCUCACUGUACAGCGCCGUCACCUGGCUGGGCUACCUCAACAGCGCCGUCAACCCUGUCAUCUAUACCACUUUCAACAUUGAAUUCCGCAAAGCCUUCAUCAAGAUCCUGCACUGCUAGGCCAGGAAAAGAAGGAGCAUCACGUGAGCUGUCAGGACGAACAAAGGCCGAUGCUGCUCUGAGAUCUGAGCUGACGGAAGAGGAAGACAGUGGAGAAUAAGAACCCGGUUUUCAUAAACAGGAAAGGGGGAUUUGGUGAUAGGCUGGACAAAUGAUAAGUGAGCCAAGCUUUUAGGAGCAUUGAAUGUAAACAGUGGCUCAGAUAAAAGAAGACAGAAAACAUAGCACACAAAGAGGAUGACAGCAGGCAAGAAAGAUUCUACCAGGCAAUCACAAAAAAAGAGAGUAUGUGACAGGUACACGGCAGCUUCAAGAGACACAAACAAGUAGGAGAUAUUUUUAGGAAACAAGACAUGCACUGUGUUUUGUACAUAUGUUCUGUAAAGCAGGAGGUGUGAGGACUGGGAGUCUCUCCAGCACAAACAGACUCAGACUCCAAAUAUGUGACUGUUUUUCCAAUUUAAAGGAGCGCUCGACUUGCACCAUUGUCUCACUGCGGUAUUCUUUCUUCUAAUUUUUGACAACAUUUGAUGACAUUCUCAGAGGACUGGAAUAAGUUGAGACAAAGAAAAAGAGUCCAACUCAAAAGUUUGUUUUGCUCUCACGGCCAAGAGUUGAUCUUUUUACACAGAUUUUUUUUUUGUUUGAGAACUCACAAAAGUUACAUCAAGCUAGACUUUCAUUCAAGUGAAUGUGUACAUUUCUUCAUUUUAUGCUUUAAUGUGCAAUAAUAUCAAAUACUGUGCUCUAAAUAAUAAUUUUACCUGUUGAGUUAUUUAUGUAUUGUACAGUCCAUUAUUGACACUAAUAAAUACUCUCUUUUAUUAGUUAUUGUAUCAUAAUGAAACAAAUGUUCGUCUACAGUAUUUUGUCUCAAAGGAGAUUUUUUAUACCCUGCCAGGUGCACAUUGUUUUUAGUGAAAUGAGCAAAAAUUAUUUGAAAAGAAUAAAUAAACAUAUCUACAAGGUACCACUGGGGUAGUGCUAUGAGCCACAGUGACUGUGUUAAAUUAUAUUUGAUUAGUUGGUAUUCAAACAGUGUUCCAUGUGCACACUGGACAAGUCAUGUUUCAUUUAAAGCUUUUUUCUAUUUUUCCUAUUAGUAUGGUACAAAAUCUCAUCUCACAGUUAAUAUUUUUUUUAAUAUGAAUGGAAUUUCAAGGUUAAGGUGUGUGUAUAAAAGAUUCCUUUGUGACCUCUUUUUUUCCUGCUUCUGAGCGGCUGCCACCAAAAACAAAAUAAAAAAAUGCAGUUCCCUAUAUUGCAACUUGAAGCUGCCCCGUGAAAGUGUGAAGCAGAGACACAUAUUAGAGAGAGUCUGGCCAACUAGAGAGUGGACCAUCUGAACUAUCCCACUAUGCUGAUUCUGAACUGAGCUGGUCACAUGUUUCAUGGGCGCCAUGUUAGAUACAUCUAACCAAUAUUCAUAGAGAAGUGGCAAUAACAGAGGAUAAAGUUACCACAGUACUCAGCCUAUGGCUCCUAUGGCUC